GCUUUCAUUUUCAGUCACUGCCGGACCGGCCAGACCUCUUCGAGCGGAGUGGCAUUGCAUGUAUCAGACAGAGACGUCGUUGCUUCAUUUCAACGUUAUUCGCUUUUCCAUUUGAGCAUUUCUAGUUGGCGGACGGAGGCGAAAGAAAUGGCGGAGGUCAACAGCACUGGCAACGAAGUUCCUCCGAACAUGACCAUAUACAUUAACAAUCUCAACGAGAAAAUCAAGCUGGAAGAACUGAAGAAGUCGCUGAACGCGGUGUUCUCGCAGUUCGGGAAGAUUCUGGAAGUGUUAGCUUUCAAGACCUUGAAGCACAAGGGACAAGCUUGGGUUGUGUUCGAAGAAGUAUCUUCUGCAACUAAUGCGCUUAGACAGAUGCAGGGUUUUCCUUUCUAUGAUAAGCCUAUGAGAAUACAAUAUGCAAAGACAAAAUCAGAUAUAAUUGCAAAGUCUGACGGUACAUUUGUUCCUCGGGAGAAACGAAAGAGGCAUGAGGAAAAGGGGAGGAAGAAGAAAGAGCAGCAUGAUGCUAAUCAAGCUGGGAUGGGUCUGAAUCCUGCUUUCGCUGGAGCAUAUGGUGCAACAGUGCACUCUCAAGUACCUUAUUCAGGCGGUGUUAUGGUACCAGAAGCACCUGCCCCGCCCAAUAGCAUUUUGUUUGUACAAAAUCUUCCCCACGAGACGACUCCAAUGAUGCUACAGAUGCUUUUCUGUCAAUAUCCUGGUUUCAAGGAGGUUCGUAUGGUUGAAGCAAAGCCAGGUAUUGCAUUUGUAGAAUAUGGUGAUGAGGUACAAUCAACAGUUGCCAUGCAAGCACUACAAGGUUUCAAGAUGAACCCACAAAAUUCGAUGUUGAUAACCUAUGCAAAGAAAUAGGAUAGUGAAUCUUGGUCUUCACUAUAUGGAAAGCCACCUGCUAUUAUUCGAUGCUUAGUACAGGAGAUUGUUUGUAGAAUACUGCCAUCUCGUGCUUGCUGGAAAUUCUACUCCACCGUGACCUAAUUGAUACAAUCAGAUCUAUCUUAAGCAGAAAUGGAAGAGAUCUCAGAUCCCGGUUGCCAUGUUUAUCCUUGAACUCAUAGUAAAGUUUGAUUUUCAUCAUCACAUUUUGUUCUCAUUUUCAUAGUAGUAUUUCCUUCUACUUGUGCUGUAAAAUAGACUAAAGCUUUUAUAACUACGAGAUUGAAGAGCUGAUGAUGUUGAGACCUAA